UGAGCGUCCAUCGCUCAGUGGCCUAAGGCCUCUAAAAUUGUUCACCUACAUGGUAAAAGUAUUGUUUAUUUGAAUUGCGUUUCAAAUUUAACGGCCACAGCAUAGCUACACUAUCGAAAUGCUGAACCACGCUCAGUGUUGUAAAAUUCCCACAGUCGGCACAUGUGAAAUUCAGCGUCCCCGCGUCAUCGUUUUUGUUAGAUUUUGUUCGUAUAAAUUGCAAAUAGUGCACCCUUUCAAUUAAUUGUUUCAACUAAACCGCCGCAGCACAAUGGAUGAGAAUACAGAGAACACAGAGGGAGUGCGAGUCACACGGGCACGCACACGCCGCCUGUCUGCUCUGGACACCGACAGCCGCCCCGGAACACCGCUGCUGGACACGGCAUCCGAACGCGGCACGGCCUCGCCUCGCCCCACACGCCGAACCCGUUUGAAUUCGGCCACAGAAUUGUCUCGUACUCCCACCCGAACCACGCGCGCAUCGGUGGUACGUGGUGAAACCCCAGAGCCGACCACUCCAGCGUCCGUCAAGCGCGCGGCUCGCACACCGGCAAAGUCGACCAGAGCUGUGCGCCAGCAGCAGGCACUAAAAGAGGAGACUGUGGAGGAGCUGGAGCCCGAUGAUAAUGACAAACCAUCAAACAACCCGAGCCCCGCACCGGCGCUGGGCUCGCCAGCAGGCGAGAGACGCGUCACGCGUUCCAUGUCCCAGACCCCUCCAGCUGCUUAUCGUUCAGCCAACAACACGCCACUGCCGGUGUCGGAAACGCAGCAGCAGCAGCCACUGAAACCUGAUGCCAGCAUUUCGGUUGAAGAGCAGCAGGCUGUGCCGAUAGCUAACAAAAAUAAACAAUCGAGCGGCGGCCGAAUGAGGCUGACAGUUAGGGUCGAGAAUCUUUCGGCGUCGACAGCGACAGAAGCUCUGAAAAAAUCGCUUGCCUCAGUGGUUCCAAACAGCCCUUCAAUGGAGUUGCAAGUGAAAGAGGUGACUGAGGAAACCAGCAGCAGCAGCUCUCCCCAAGAUAUUGAAGCACAGGUCGAGUCACUUGCAAGCGAAAUGGCAAAGGCUGAAGAGAAGCAGGCUGCUGAGAAAUCCGAGACACAGACUGACUCACUUGCUAUGGAAAUGGCAAAGUCAGAAGCCAACGCCAACAUGGAAGCGGAGGCUCAGACUAAAACUCCAACUAAGAGCCCCGAGAGACGUGAGAGUGAAGAUUUAUUGGAGAAAGUGUAUGAAGAUAUAGACACUAUCGAAAUUGCAUCUGAACUGCUCAAGAGCGGAGAGGCACAAAAAGACAAAGAGUUGGAUGCUGAGGUCGAUUUGGAGCAGAAAAUCAUCGAGAAUGCGGCAUCCAAAUCAAUCAUUGAGGCUGAAGUUUUUGAAUCUCCAGCCUCUCCAGAUCCAGAACCACAACCUCUAGAUAGCAGCCCUUUAGCCCCCAAGCAGUUGAUCAUGGAAGAUGAGCCGCGAGAGGAAAUCCAGUCGCCCGAUGCACAGCCAAUGGAGAAGAACAACAAUUCAGCCUUUAAGGAAAUGGCCAUGGAAGUCGAUGCAGAGGAGGAAAUUCCAUUUGAAGAUGCCGAGCCAAUCGAGGGCUCCACCACCGAUGUGAUUGAUGCAGCAGCUGAGCGCCAAGAGGAGGGGCCACUGGGCAGCCACCGGCUAAGCCAUGGCAUGAAUAUCAUUGACAACGUUCAGCUGCCAGCUCUUACGCCUGGCGUCAAGGCACGCCUGGUGACAUCGGACAGCGUGGAUUCCAAGAAGUCGGUGUGCUUCGAUAGCGACUCGGCAGACGCCGAAGCCGAUAAGGUUAAGUUCCCUAAAACUCCGGCUCGUAGCAAGAGCAGACCAGCCAUUGCGUUGGAUAUUUCGCAAAUGAUGGCCAAGGCGGACACUCCUACUCUGAAGCCAGAUACAGAUACUCCUUUAAGGGCAGCCACUUUAAAGGCGCGCAACAGUUCCACACCCAUACCGAAGGAUGAUCGAGAGGCUUCCAUGAGUAUGUUGAAGCCAGCUCCGGCACGAAUUGAUUGCCUAAAGCCAUGGGACCAGGUGGAGGCCGAACGUAAAGAGGAAGCAUUAAAGGCGGAGAACAAGGACAAGGACAAGUCACAGCCCAAGCGCUCCAAUAAGAUUUCCAACGUACUUCGCAUGAACAGCGACGAUGAGGAAUAUGAAGACUUUGAAUUCUUGUCCGAGUACGUUGACAACGAAGUGGAGGUUGCGCCUGAUGAUUACGUGUCUGGUGACUCCAUGGCAAGCUCGGAGCGACGUGAAAUCGAGGAGAAUGAGAUUAUCGAUGAGGGUGAAUCUGUGGGCAGCCAAGACACCGAUGAGUCCAUCGAUGAGCAAUCCGAAGGUAACGAUUCCUUUGUUGUGUCGGAUACAUCUGAAGUUGGAGAGCUUCGUUACUCCUCCAAUGAGCUCGAGGAUGAACAGGAUGAGCACAGCGAAGAGAAGUCACCGAAUGUCAAGAAACAACGUGCACGCAUCAUUAUAAUGGAAUCCAGCGAAGACGAGCAGCCGGACGAUAAGCCAGAGGAGAAGGAAAAAGAGGAGAAGGAGAAGCCGGAGCAGGAACAUGCAGAAGUAGAAGAGAAGCAGCUGGCGAUGCCAAAGAAUCAAAGUGAUUGCUCCUCGAAUGCCAGCAAACUGAGCGAAGCUGCACAGAUCUUAAUUGGCAGCCAGGAGCAUUACUCUACCUCUGAAACGGAGCUCGAAAACUCGCGCAAGCUCUUCCUCAACGAGAUCAACAAGUCGGAGUGCUUGAAUAAGACUGCUCCACGUUUGGACAUGACUGCCAUGGAGGUGGACUCCACAGACGAUGAUGCAGCGGACAACGGGGAGACUCCAAAAGCAGACAAGGGCAACCAGAGCGUCUAUGAAGUAUUAGACUCCGAGGAAGACGAUGAGGAAGGUGCUGAGGAAGAGCAGGUCGCGUCGGAGUCUUCUUCAAAGAAUAAAUCCUCAUCCUUUGUGCGUCAGCAGAAGCAAAAGGUCAACGAUGAAGAAGCCGUGUUGGCCGAACUGGCGUCCAGCGAUCUGACACAUCUUGAAACCAUGUUCAAUCCGCUACAGAAGUCACGCCGCCAAUCGCUGUACAUGCCCAGCCCGGAGAUGGCCGCCAAGGAGCCAAAGCUGCAGCGUCGCAGCGAACGGGGCAUGGUCAACGACUUCUGCCCCUCUCAGUCCUUUGUCGAAAUGUUGGCCGAACGCAAGAGUCAUCAGUCGAAGCGCAAGCGCUUGUCCAAGAGUUUUUCAGGCGCAGCCGAGGAGCUGGAGGUCAUAGAAGUUCGUCAAGAUCACAAACGUCCCAAAAAUACUCACAAUGAGUCAUCGGCAUCAAUGGAAGAGGAGUUGCACGUUGAAGAGAUAGCCAGAUCGGAGGGGCAACCCAAGGAACCAGAGAACAAUGAGGAACUCGCUGCUGCCACAGAGGAUAUACCGCCAAAAGAGGAACCAGAAAUGGUUCAAUCGAAGAAUGAAGCUGAGAAGGCGAAGGCUCAGCCUUUGGGUAAAUGGUCGAAAAAUGCUCAACAGUACAUGGAGUUCUGUGACUUAAUCCUACAGAGAGCCAACGAGGCCAAGUUGGAGCAAAAGAAACAGCAAAUAGCAACGGGCAAGAAACAAAAGAAACCAAAACGAAUUGUUUCCGAGGCUGUUCUCACAUCGGUUGUCGCACCUCAGACAACCACUGCCACAGUCUCCUCCUCCACAGGCAACGUCUCCAAGCCAGUGCAACCCAAGAAGGAAGUGAAGCGUCUGCAGGCAGCUCGCCAUGCAGUCAGUCACGCCGUAAACUUGUUGGUCCCACAGCCAGCGGCCAGCAAAGAGCCUCGUUCGUUGGUUCGCAAAUUGUCACCGCAGCCGCCGUUGGAAGCUAAAAUGAAGACAAAGACAAAGGCGAUUAUAAAGAAUAAGCAGAAGUCGCAGCUGGUGUCGCCAGUUAAAAGUUCGGAUGAGGAGAAUCAUCAAAAGUCGCCUGUUGUCAACCGCAUCAAGACCAACGCUGGCUACGUCACCGUUGCCAUGGACGAUGCUCGAGAGCCGCGCAUAGAGCUAAUUAAGACAAGGUCGGGCAUUAUGCGCGUGGAGCCCGCCACACCCACUCAAAAGUAUUUCCGCGAGGAGCCUAACUCGCCGCCGCCAAAUCGUAAUUUCCGCGAGCUGCGUGUCCCAGCCCGCGGUGCUCAAAAGAAGUCCAAGCAGCAGAAGCAGCAGCCGAAAGGAGGCGGACAUGGGACCACAGAGAAUCCUGCCAUGCUGUCGGCGCUGCGCUUCAAGGAGCAAAUUUUUGGUCGUAAAUAAGCUCAUCAUUCACACUAGACAUUAAACACUAGACUCUAGUAGUAUUACAAGAAAUGGCAGGGCAUGCAGGGCACAUUUUUUCAUUUUUGUUCUCUUUACCAUCUUUAUUUUCGUUCUAUUUUGAAUUCAUUUUUUUUCUGAUUUGAAAUUUCAAUGCAAUUGGAUUCGUUAUCUGUGCUUUGUUUAAUUGAUGCAAUCAAUUUUUGUUUUGCAUCUUCCCGAAGUAAAUGCAGUUGGGCCUCUUGCACCUGCCCACGUGCACCUUGCCAUAAAAGAAAACAAACUCUGUAUUCGUUUUCACCUACCACAAAUACAUUAUUAUACGCCUGUUAUACAUUACAA